AUGUAUAAGAAUAAUAGACUAUGUUUUAUCUCCAUCUCUCUCUCCUCCAAUAUACGUUGGAGCCGUCGCACCCUUGAUGUGGCUAUGAGUGGCCAGGGUGUAGAAGACUCGGUAUCGCAAGAGCAGCUGGUAGUUGGGGAUGAGAAUGGUUGCAGGGCCACAACCUACGAUGUGGGGACUUCCAAGGCGGGAAGUUCAACAGCACAAACCGCAACCGCAAGAGUUCCAGACCUAGUCAUGCUUAACGCCAAUUCCGCCAUUAAGGUCGUCGGAGAAAUCAAAACUCCAUGGCCCCUGAGCCACAUCGAAAUGCUGAGCCUUGGGGUGGACCUGUUUGAGAGAGGGAAUGGCGACUGGCUUCGCCAUAUACUUGGCCAGUCCAUUACUCUAGAUAACAAUACAAGGAUCCAUGAUGUCUUUAUCGACGACUUUUUCCCUUCCUAG